UCAAAACUUGGACUCGUGUUUGACGGUUUAAACGCUGAGUGACGAAGAUGUUAUCAUUUUAAGUUGUUGUUUACAAGCGGGAAAGGAGAAAUUAUUGGAUUAUAAUUCUUAAGAUAGAGUGAAAAUAGAGAAAUUUUAGGGGGAAAAUCUUAUAUUCUUUCCACGAAUAAAAAAACAUUCAGGGUCUUUAGGAAUUCUCAGUAUAUUCUGGAGAAAUUUCUGUGGCUGUUUUUCAUCUCAUUUUCAAAUUUUCUUUGUCUCUCAGAUUGAAUCAGAAAAUCGAUUUCUGGAUCAAAUUAAUCCUCUCGUGAUAUUUAUUAAUUAAGCUUAAAGAAAUGGCGUUGGGUAAGAGUCGCAGUUUUCAAGCAAGGUGUGUCGGUGGAUUAAGAACUUCAAGCUCUGAUUCAACAGAUAGAGAGCUUUUAGCUGUAGUUCCCUCAAGGAAAAGGGUGAUUACAGAUUGUACAUAUGAGACUCCAUUGAAGAAUCAAUGUGUAUCUGAAUCUUACACAGAAACAUCACUUAUUGAAUCCAUACCACAAGAUGUUUUGGUUAAAAUAUUAUGCGGCUUAGACCAUGCCGAUUUAGAACAACUUUACCACGUUUCUAACAAGAUCAGAGAUGCUUCUCUGAUUGCAAAACAAUGGUACUUUGCCUUUAGUACCCCAUCAUCAAAAUCUACCGGUUCUAAGACUUUUUUUAGUGAGUCAGAAGAACCUAGUAAGUUAGAAAGCAUUGAAGCACCAAAUGCACCAAGACAGGAAAGGAUUUCGAAGUCUAGAAUUAGUGCAAAGAAGCUUGCCGGACUUGCUGUUGCCUUGUUUCGUUCACCCGAAGAAGAUGAAUGGUCUAGAAAUGGAGCAAUGCUGGUUGAGACAGUAGUCUGAGAAAAGCUAAUGUUAUUUAUAUAAACUGGUGGUAAGGGUUUUGUAGAAAGUGAAUACGGCGGAUAGCAGUACUGGUGGUAGUAACCCUGUGUAUGAUAGAAAUAUGUAUUUAAGUUCAAUUCUUCAAUUCUUUUCGUUGAAGGUAUAUUUCUUUUCCCAACUGAAAUGUAUCAAAUAACUUACGAAUUCAUUUUCGUUCGUUCUGCUUUGGUAGCUGAACAAACAAUCUAUUGUACACUUGAUCUAAAUGAAGAAAAAUGCAGUUUACUCGUUCGUCAUUUGCUUUAA